AUGACGCACUCACCAAGCGCGGUGGAAGGCAGGGAGGCGUCAAUUGAGUACGUGUCCCUUGCCAACAACCACAUUCUUGACUACGGCGUUCCGGGCCUCAGAGAGUCCAUAAAUGUUCUCAAAGCCAAUGGGAUCAGCUUUUCGGGGGCAGGUGACUUGUUGGAGGCUCAGGCACCCGCCUUUGUGCAAAAGCCCGGCUGUAGGCUUGCUUUCUUCUCCUUCUCAGAUCACUACGACUACUGGGCAGCAACUGACAAGGAGCCAGGAAUUAAUUUCAUCGACCCUCAAGAGUAUGACGCCAGCCAGCUGAAGAUCCUCUUCUCUCAUGCGCGCUCAAAUGCUGACAUCAUCGUGGUGUUUGUUCAUUGGGGGCCCAACUGGCAGUGGCAGCCAAGCGACGAAAUCGUUGCCCUGGGCCACGCUUUCAUCGACAAUGAUGCUGAUGUUGUGUUUGGCCACAGCGCUCAUCACGUACAGGGCGUCGAGGUUUACAAGGGCCACCCCAUUAUGUACGGCGCUGGCGGCUUCAUCGACGACUACGCCACGGAUGACCAGUACCGAAAUGACUUGGGCUUCCUGUAUCGCGUAAAGAUUGUCGACAAUUUGCUGGACAGGUUGGAGCUACUUCCAAGCAAGAGAACACACACCUGGCAGCGCCCCGGAGAUGACCCACCGUAUAUUUCCAAGGUCAGCAGGGCCAAAGGCAAGGACAAGGACUGGGUGUGUUCGAAAAUGAAGGAAUUGAGUGCCGCCUUUGGCACAAAGGUGGAAGACCUUCCUAACAGAGAAGGCCUGGUGAUAGCCCUCGGGAGUUCCUGA